AUGAGCUAUCAAUAUGCAACGUCCUACUCGACGUCCAAAGAUGAGAGCCGCCUGACGGCCAUGUGGCAGCGCCUGGUGCGACAGUCGCAGUAUGACGCCAAAGGGAAACCGAGGACGAGACUGGCCAUUGCCCGCCGACGUCUGCUGACACUACCGACGGCCAUCUUUCUGCUGUGGUUCUUUGUGUUGCUAUGGGGAGAGCGCAGUAUCUUCAGCAGCAGCAUUGAUGCUUGCAAAUGGGACCANAUGGGAGAAAUGGACGCGCAGCCUCACCGCAUUGCUCUGAUCGCCGACCCUCAGCUCGUCGAUCCACACACAUAUCCCGGCCGACCGUGGCCCCUCUCCUCGUUGACCAUCACUGCCACCGACAAGUACAUCAAGCGAUCCUACUAUCUAUUGCAACGCCAUAUCGAUCCCGACACCACCUUGUUCUUGGGUGAUCUAUUUGACGGAGGAAGAGAAUGGUCUACACACUUUGAAGGCUUCCAACCAUCCGAGCAACAAUGGAAGAAGUACGGUGACAACUACUGGCUCAACGAGUACGAUCGCUUCGGCAACAUCUUCUUUGCACAAAACCAGGUUACCGGAGGUUUGCCUGCCCACAAGGUCAAGAAAUUCGUCGCCAGUCUUCCUGGAAACCACGACUUGGGCUUUGGCAACGGCGUUCAAGUGCCAAUUCGAAACCGCUACCAGGCUUACUUUGGCGAGGGUGACAGGAUUGAUGUUGUCGGAAACCACACCUUUGUCAGCAUCGAUGCUGUAAGCUUGAGCGCCAAGGGUCAACCAGACAGCUCUCCAGAGAUCUGGAACGCGACUAUGGAGUUUCUCGAAAAUGCUCAGCACCUCAAAUACAAGGCCGUGCGUGCAGAGCUCAAGGAACAGCAGGGCCUAAUACCACAUCCAAGAUGGGCCCAUGAAGUCACGCACACUCGCGAUCUAGGUCGCCAGCCUUCAAAGGAAGAUCUCGCUCAAGAGUCGAAGCCUGAGUUUCCGACUAUCCUCCUCAGUCACGUACCCCUGUACCGUCCGGAAGGUACUCCCUGUGGCCCCCUCCGCGAAAAGUACCCACCAGCCGCGCCGAAUCUUAAGCAUGACAAGCCCAACGCCAUCCGCAUUGCUGGUGGCUAUCAAUAUCAGAACGUCUUGACCCAGGAAUUGUCAACUACGGUCGCUGAGAAAAUUGGCAACAUUGCGCAUGCCUUCUCAGGCGAUGACCACGAUUACUGUGAAGUUCUGCACCCGGACUAUGCCUCGAGACACGACAGGGGCAUCCGCGAGAUCACGGUCAAGAGCAUAAGUUGGGCAAUGGGCGUCCGCAGGCCGGGUUUCCAACUAGUCAGUCUUUGGAAUCCAGUCGACGAGAAUGGAGAGUCUCUUCGCGACGGCCCGACACUGCAGACUCACCUCUGCCUACUACCCGACCAGCUCAGCACCUUCAUCAUCUACGGCAUCCUAGCCGCCUUUUCAAUCAUCACUCUCGCCAUCAACACCUUGGUCCAAGUCAGAAACGAAGAAGCUGCAGCCUCGAUGCCAAACUCCAGCGAUCUUCCGACUUCCGAGCCCAAAUCUCAGAACACAUACUCCAAAUUACGUUCCCGCGCUCCCUCGGGCGCGACAAACUCCAUGUACUCCUCCGAACACUCGAACGGCAAACUCUCCGCCCGUAGCACGAAUGCUAGAACCCGCAGUGUGAGCCCUGCAAUGGGCUAUGGACUUCCCACUGCCCGUCCCAAUGGAUCCUCGCUGAUAGAGAAAGCGGGAUACUAUGGGAACAACCCUGAGUAUCAGAUGUACAAUAAAGAAGAGGUGUAUGAUGAGAGUGACGAUUGGGGUAAUCCUAUCUUCAGGAAGGCACCGAAGCCCAGGGUGNNCCAAAAGACAUUUAGGAGGAAGUUGGUGGACAGGUUUGGGAGGGAAGUAGCCAUGGCUGGUGGGCCGGCGUUCUUGUUCUAUUGGUGGUUGUUGAGGAAGUGA